AUGAAAGCCACUUUCUUCCUUACUGUUGCUGCUGUUCUCAUCGCCUCUGUCUCCGCUCAAGCAGGUCCCGGUCAACAACAAUCUGACCAUCACCACGGUGGACAGCGCCCGGCUGUUAUCCAAGAAGCUGGUGGUAUUGGCCUUGAAGGUCGCGUUAGUGGUAUCUUGAAUAAUCUCCUCAAAGCUGGUCUUUUGGCCGACGACAGUGAGGGUUACGGUGUUAACCAGGACGCAUUUUAA